AUGUCGCCCCGCUCCUCCGCCUGCGGCCGGCUGGCCGUGCCUCCCGGCGACGGGCCCCGUCGCCUCGCGCCGUCUCGCCGCCACUCAAGGCCAGCCCUGCAUCGCCUCGCUCCUCCGCGGACGAGUGCCCCGCGCUGGCUCUGCCUGGCCACCCCCGACAUCUGCCCUGCCGCCUCCCCGUUCCGGACCGCGCCGGCCCCGCGCCUCCUUCCGGCUCCGCGCGCUGCGCCGCCGGAUCACCGCGCCUGCCGGCCGGUUCCCGUGGACUCGGACCCGGCUCGCCUCGUCCGUCGCCGCUGCCGGCCUCCCACGCCCUCCGUACAACCAGCCCGGCCGGCUCCGCGCCUUCCGGUUUCGGCUCCCCCGCACCACUGCGCCGUCUCCGGCGUCAAACGCCUGGUCCAGCUCCUCCUGCGCCGCUGCGCCAGGUCCGACAGCUCCCGACCUCCCUCACGCUGGUUCGCCUCCCCGGACGGCCGGCUCCGCCCGCCACCUGGCCGGCCUGCUGCCUGCCGUCUUCAUCCGCAACCCGGACGGCCAGCUUCGCCCGCAAUCCGGACGGCCGGCUCCGCCCGCAUCGCUUGGUCUAGCUCCUCCCGCCCCGACCUCGCUCCCCCGUGCGCCGACCCACGGCCGGGUCCUCCUCGCCCGCUCCCUCCCGCGUCGCCCCGGCUCUGUCCACGCGGCCGGCUUCGCCAGCGCCUGGCCGCCGGGUCCCCGCGCCCCUCUGCUUCGCCUGGCCGCAUCCCGGCCCCGCACGGCCGGCUCGCCGCCCCUCCUCCGGCCACGCCCCCGCGCGCCCCAGCCGGCUCCCGCUGA